AAAGGCAAAGCCAUAUUUGGACCGACAUAGAUUCGAGCAACUCUGUCAGUAAUACAGACUAAAUCUAUCAUAUAUUCCUUCAGUUUUAUAAUACACUCAUUGUCAGAAAUCAUAACACUACUAAACUUAUACGAGUGUAAAAUUACGCGAAAAAAUUGCUCUCAAGAUCGACAUAAUGUAACUCUCAAGAUCGACAUAAUGACCAUUAUCACCUAAUCGCACAGGUAUCAAUCGGAAUCCCGACACAAACGUAGUGACGUAAUGUGCCGGUACUAUCAGCCCAUUCAUAUGUCGAUCACCAGGUAAUUGACUCAGUUUCAGCUAAGCCCGAGCGACGUGCACCCGCGGCUCGCGUCCUCCUAUAUAAGCAGAUCUUGCAAAAUCGUCGCACAUUCAAACAUCGACCUGUCCAGGAAGUUAUCCUUUUGCAAUUCAUUCACACAUCAUCAUGUUUUUAUUUCUGGUCCUUGGAGCACUUCUGACGCAGUGUUCGGCGAGCCCUGCAGUCGACGGACAGGCCAAACCCCAGGUUCUACACUAUGAGAUGCAAACUGCUGAUAUGCCCAACUCCUACAAUUUCUAUUACGACACAAGUGACGGUUCGUCCCGGACGGAGCACGGGGCCAUCCUGAAUCCCGGCACGAACGAGGCGGCGUUGGACGUGCUGGGCACGGUGCGCUGGUACGACAACAAGGGACAGCUCUACGAAAUGUCCUAUAAAGCUGGGAAGAGAGGCUAUAGGACGGUUAUCAAGAAAGUGACGCAACGCUAACGAAAUUUCAAAAUAUUAGUGAUAGCCAAUGUGACGUUUCAGAGUCAAUUCCGAUUACAAAUUCCCGCAUUGAGAAAUUGGAUUAAAUAGCUACUUUUCAUUUAUCAUCCACUCAGGCAAUUUUAAUGCCAAUCACUUCAAAGUUGCUUCAAAUAAACGCACACAAAUUAAUGACUUAUAAAUAUGAACUUUAAUGAAUUGAAUUAAAUCACUGAAAAGGUUGUGUGGAUGUCAAUUUUGUGGCAUUGUCAAUUUGCCAAAAAAAAAUGAUGUGUAUAGCCUAAAAAUAUUAGAGUCGGGAACAAGACUGGAUUUUUGUAGGUUUUGAUUGAUCACAAAGAGUUAAAUCAAAUGUAAGCAAAGUGAUUGAUAGUCUAAGUAUUUAAGUUAUUUAUAUCAUCUUUUUUAUUUAUUGAGUUAUGUUUUUAUCUUUCAUUAAGUAUAUUUUUUCAAAUUAAAAUUAUUGUUUUACUGUUAAUUAUAUUUUGGUUUAAAGAC